AUGCCGCUUGCACAUCUUGGUCAACCAUUCCUGAAGGCAAGUGAUGUCACGAAUGAGUGCAUAUCUAUAGAUGACGCACCGGAUGUUGGUUGUCAAAAGGUCGAUGUUUCCGAGGUUGAAGUGAAUAUUGAGAAACUAGCCCACAAUACAGAAAAAGUCGAUCCAUCAUGUUUUGAUCUGCUUUAUGUCAUUGGUCAAGGGUCUUUUGGGAAGGUAUUUCUUGUAAGGAAAAACAAUGGAAAUGAUAAAGGAACUUUGUAUGCAAUGAAAGUACUAAAGAAGGCUGUUUUGAAAGUUCGUGAUAGAUUGAGGACAAAGCUAGAAAGAGAUAUUUUAACUAGAAUUAAGCAUCCAUACAUUGUUGAUUUGCAUUAUGCUUUUCAAACUGAGGGGAAGGUGUAUCUUAUCCUGGAAUUUUUAAGGGGAGGGGAUCUUUUCUCCCGCUUGUCCAAAGAGUACAUGUUUACGGAAGACGAUGUGAAAUUCUAUUUGGCUGAAAUUGCAUUGGCUCUCAACUACUUACAUAGUCACGGGAUAGUUUAUAGAGACCUAAAACCUGAAAAUGUUCUACUGAAUGAAGAUGGUCAUGUACGUUUAACUGAUUUUGGUCUAUCAAAGGAGUCAAUUUUCGAAUCUGCUGGUGAUCGGACGUAUUCUUUUUGUGGAACAGUUGAAUAUAUGGCUCCAGAAGUUGUAAGUAGACAUGGACAUGGUACUGCUGCCGAUUGGUGGAGUUUCGGAGUACUUAUGUAUGAAUUACUUACUGGUAUGCUGCCUUUUCAUAGUGAGAGUAGGAAAGAUACAAUGCAAAUGAUUUUAAAAGCUAAAUUAUCAAUGCCACAGUUUCUUAGUCCUUCAGCUCAAAGUUUACUACGUGCUCUUUUCAAGCGAACUCCAUCGAAUCGACUAGGAUAUGGACCUGAUGGAUUUGAACAUUUAAAAAAUCAUGAAUUUUUCAAUACAAUCAAUUGGGAUGAUUUACUAAAUGGUUGUAUUCAACCACCAUUUAAACCUCCUUGCUCAUCAAUUAAUGAUAUCCUUAAUUUCGAUUCAGAAUAUACAUCACGUACACCACAUGACUCGCCAUGUCCACCAGCCAGUGCAUCAGCGCAUGCGUUGUUUCGUGAAUUCAGUUAUAUAGCUCCUGGAUUUUUUGCAGAGCAUAAUGAUAAUCAUAAUACCACAACUACAAAUAAUUGCAACACCCAUGUUAACCUUAAUAAAGAAGUAUUGAAUGGAGCAAAUAUCACUUGUUUGAGUUCACCGAAAGAAAAAUUCAACUAUAAUUCUCGACACGAUGAUGAUCGUGCAAAUCCAGUACAUGUUCCAGAAGAUCUUCCACCCUUAACUCCUACAGUGGCAAGACGUUUUCUUCGCUUGGUUGGCUUGUCAGGUGUAAAAUAUAAACCAUUUUCAGUCGAUUAUGUCUUAUUGGAGGAAAUCGGUAAAGGCUCUUUUUCAGUUGUACAUAAGUGCUGUCAUCGAAAUACAAAUGCUGUUUGCUCCGUUAAGAUUAUUGAUAAAUCAAAACGGGAUGCCCGUGAAGAAGUUGAAAUAUUGCUUAGACACCAUAACCAUCCAAAUAUUGUUUCCGUUCGAGAUGUUUAUGAAAAUGAGAAUUUAGUUUAUCUUGUUAUGGAAUAUUUAAAAGGUGGUGAAUUAUUGGAUAAAAUUUUCCGAGAAAAAUUUCUUUCUGAACGUGAAGCUAGUAAUAUCACUUAUGUGAUUGCAAAUACUUUAAGUUAUUUACACAGUAAUAUGGUUGUCCAUCGUGAUCUUAAACCAUCCAAUGUAUUAUAUGCAGACGAUUCUGGUGAUGCAUCUUCCCUGAGAAUAUGUGAUUUUGGUUUUGCAAAACAAUUGAGAGCUGAAAAUGGUCUUUUAAUGACACCGUGUUAUACUGCAAAUUUUGUCGCACCAGAAGUGUUAAAAAUGCAAGGUUAUCAUGCUGCAUGUGAUGUAUGGAGUUUAGGUGUAUUAGUGUAUACAAUGUUAUUUGGACAAACACCAUUUGCAAUUAAACCAAAUGAAUCAUCUGAAGUAGUUUUAUCACGUAUAGAAUCUGGUCGAUUAGAUUUAAUCAAUAAUAAUUGGAAUAAAAUAUCUGAUUCAGCAAAAGAUUUAUUGACAAAAAUGUUAAAUCCUGAACCAUCUAAACGUUGUACAGCUAGCGCGAUCUUAUCACAUCCAUGGGUUAAAAAUCGUGAUCACCUGUCACCAGAAUUAUUGACCGACGUUUUGUUAAAUGAUGUCACUCAGACAAAAAAUUCAGUCGAAGCUACAUUUAGAGCAUUGAAUAGUACUAGUAAAAUACCAAUACUUGAACCAGUUGAAUGUUCUACAUUAGCCCAACGUCGUGUUCGUGCCAAAUCGAUUUUAACAAAUCAAAUCAAAGUAGAAGAAAAGCAUUGA